AUAUAUAUAUAUACCACUGUAUCACCUCCACACCCCGUCCGAUAUCAUUACUGCCGUUGCUUUCACGAGACUACGUAGCAUGGCAAAUCUCCCCAUGUCGUCCUACACUUUUGUUUUGCUGUUUCGAUCGUUCUCUGUAAAUUUCCUUUUUGGCGGGAAGCAACCAAGCAGUGCGGCUGGUCAUCCUUCUCAUCCCCAUAUCUUUUGCUCUAAUGUUUUGUUUUUGACCUUGUCUGCAUGGCGUUGGGGGUUGGCACUCGGCUUCUCCUGGAGAGGGGAUACUACAUGUUAUAAGGGAGGGGAAUCAUAAAAGCAGAUUGGGUUUUCAUUUUUUUUUCUUCUUUUUUUCCUUUUUUUUUUCUGGGGGUCAGCGUUGGACAUUUCCCGUUUCCCCCCCCGACCCUUUCAGCACAUCGGACGAGGCUAGCACGG